UUACAUCAAGCUCUUCCUAUAAUUUUUGUUUAAACAGUCCAAAAAACACUAAGCAUAAUUGUGAAAGAAUGGAUUGCUGGUCUGCUGAAAAUGCUACCAAUGCUUUUCUCACAACUCUCAAAAUGGGUGAAAGAGGAAAAGCACCUGAUGUAACGGAGUUUAUAUCAGCUAUGGCGGGUGGAAAUAAUUCACAACUCAUGGUGAUGGCAUGUACCGGCCACCCUGGAUCUGCGCUACUAGGGUUAGGGUUAGUAGCAGCGGCUCAUCAAACGGGUGGCCGAGUAGUGUGUAUAUUACGUAGCGAGGAAGAAAUGCAUGCAAUUAAAGAAACAUUAAUAUUGGGAGACUAUGCAAAAAUUGUUGAAUUUGUGAUUGGUGAUGAUGUUAAAACAUUAUUGGCAAGUAACUAUGAAGGAGCUGAUUUUGUACUUAUUGAUUGCAAAUUGGAGGAUUUUCAACAAGUGUUUGAAGCAGCACAACAAGGUGUUAAUGUUAAAAGUGCAUUUAUUGUAGGGUACAAUGCCCUACAAGAAGGACCUAAGUUAAGUUUUGAUCACAAAGGUUAUUUUCUACCAAUUGGAGAAGGGUUAUUAGUUAGUAAAAUUAGGGUUUCACAAGGUAAAAAUAUUGGUGGUGGAAGGAGGAGUCAUUGGGUUGUUGAAGUUGAUGAAUGCACUGGGGAAGAACAUCUUUACAGGGUCAGCACUUCUCCAAAUACAAAUUAAAGUGGUGUCCGAGUCAGUUAAUGUCGUUCACACUUCGACUAUAUAUCUCACGAGAUAUUUUUGCAUUAGGUGGAAUUUAUAUGUACCUUUUACAUCCCACUUUGUUGACUACUAGUAAUUGUUGUAAAUAUACAUCCAAUUUCCAAUUUUUCAGAGUAGUCUAGACUUUGUAAAUUAUUAAGAAGAAGUAGGGAAAAUGGUAAUUAUAGUGUCUAUAUUUGUUUACUAGUACGUAGCUUUGCCAGGAUCUGUUAAAAUCUUGAUCUCCUCCUCGGGGCGAACCU